GUUAUCCUUCACUGAUUUUUGUCAUCCGGCGUCGUCCUCCGGAGUUCCUUCUCCAUAGUUCUCUUCUCUGAUCAGUACGUCGGUUGCUCUCGCGGUGAACACACUCUGAAUCGCUGAGUGAGUAAACCGGUACCUCGUGGCGGUUCUUAAGCUCAAACAAGUGCAGACAAGGAUUCUCAGUUAAUGGGAAAGUAAACAGAGAUUGUGUGAUUUGAACUUUGGUGUUCCUGCGUUCCGGUCAAAAAUAUGUUCAAAUUUUGAUCUUCGAGACUUUAGCUCGUUGGUUAAUGAUUGAAAAAAAAUAUCUCCUGAAUGAGGAACAGCAGCGAAGCAUAUAAGUAAGAUUUCAGUAAGCACAGUGGAAGUAGUUUCAAAGUUUACACAGAAGGUUAAUCGGAGAACGUUCGCAAUAAAUCUGAGAGUUAUUUGUAAUAAAGAAGAGAGUGAGUACGAAAGAUUACUAUUCGAGCAAUGAGACUCGCUUGAAAGAAGAUAGUUGUCAAAUAGACAAAUGAGCUUGCAGUGUUUCGAGAAGAAAAAAGGUCACAGAAUGAGAGCCGAAGAUGCGAAGGUGGGAUCGUUCCAAGUAGUUCUGCUAUUUCUUUUAGGGAUAAAUUACGUCAUAGUAUCGAUGAACCACGCGCUGCCAAACUUUCACAGUCACACGCCAAAUUUUUACUGCAAGGUAAAGGGCUCCGUUAAUUCGACCAACACGUGCGUGACGUCCCUAGAAAAAUCAACGGCGAACAUGACGGGUUCGAUUUCGGAAAAGAACGCCGAAUAUUCGUCCUGCGAAACUGGCUACCGUUUCGAUUCCGUGAGAGGCGAAACUACGAUAGUUACGGAAUGGGGCCUGAUAUGCGAGAGAAGAUAUCUUCUCCCUCUUAGCACGAUGUUCUAUUUAUACGGAGUUGUAAUCGGCGCCUGGAUCGCUGGAGUCCUGACCGACCGCGUUGGGCGUCUUCCUGUUUUGGCGAUGUGCCUCUACACGCAGGGUACCUUAGCGGUUGCCCUUUACAUUAUUCAGGACUACCGCGCCUUUCUGGUUGUUCGAGCACUGCAAGGGGUAUUUGUACAAGGGCUACAAAUCUCUACAUACACAUUACUCUUGGAGCUAUUUCCAGUCAGAUCAAGAACUUUGGUGAGCAUGACCUUGCAAUUUGGUUGGGCCAUAGGGCUCCUGCUUCUGGCAGGGCUCAGUUACGCUGUUGCAGACUGGAGGGUCCUUCAGUUAGCCACAUCGGUUCCCACGGCGGUCACCGUCCUCUACAUCUGGAUCAUACCAGAGUCACCACGAUGGUUGUUGGCCAAAGGAAACCUGACGGAGGCUCACAUGGCGUUGGAAAAAAUCGCGAAAUACAACACCUGCUGCAGGAAGCGCGAGGUCAAGGUGGAGGCCGAAAUGGAGGAAGGAAAUACCACAACUAUCACCGAGACCGUAACGCCAGUGAAACCAAAGCGAAAGUCUCGGGUGUCUAACGUUGACCCGAACGAAACUAAAACGAACGAUUCUCUCACCGAGGAGUUAUCAGAUCUUUUAACAACUCCGGAGCUUUCCGAUGGCAGAAUAAUAGUGGACCGUAAAUUCGUCAACGUCAAAGAAGAGAAUAAUCUGCUUACACCGUCGGAAAGCCUGGAGCGAAGGGCAUCAAAUUUAGAGAUGCAGAUGAAGUUAGAGAUGACUGUUGGGGAUGAAGCAAUGGAGGAAAGAGACCCCACGCCACCGCCACCCGCUCCUCUAACUCCAAAUGGCAAGGACUCUCAAUCCACUAAUGGUUCCGACGAUAACCAAGAAGUCUCGACAAUAAUACCGGAGGAAAUAGUGGAGCUUAGAACAGCGGAAGCGGUGCCGCAGAAGGAAGAAGAGGACACGAACGAGUCGUUAGAAAAAAAUAAAGAAGACGUUGAAAACAAAAGUGAAGUAGCAAAUAACCAGACCUUCCUACAACUACUAAGACGGCCAGGGCUUCGGAGGAAUUGCAUGAUUCUUAUAUUCGUAUGGUUCAGCGUUUCUCUGUCCCAUUGCGGUUUCGUGUUUCAAUUGCCAGACAUAAGCGGCGAUCGACACGUAAACUUUGCAAUCGGCGGUUGUCUGGACCUGAUCGCAUACUCGCUCACCCAUUUCGUGCUGAUAAAAUGUGGACGGCGUAUACCUCUCGGUAUUUAUCUGAUACUGAGCGGAGCUACUUGCAUCGUUAUCGCUGCUAUCAGCAUGCCAAUGCAUGAAAAUUCGACCUGGACGGGACCGACGAAAUUAACGCUGAUUCUGAUAGGAAAAGGAGCAAUCGUGAGUUCCUUUGCAGUUACAUACUUGUACACGGUUGAAUUAUUUCCGACAGUUUUGCGAGGUACGUGUUUAGGAUACUGCGAAAUUUUCGGCAAGAUUGGCACUUUGAUAGCACCGCACUUCACAGUACUGGGUACAAAAACAUGGGCCGCAGUACCGAUAUCGAUAAUGGGAACGCUGUGCGUUGUGUCGGGAAUCUUGAGUCUGGCUCUUCCGGAAACGCUCAACAAUCGCCUGCCCGACACUAUUGAGCAAUCGGAAGAUUUAUUUAAGAAAAAUCGCGUCCGAAGCACCGAAGAGGGAUCGGUGAAAAAAACGACCAACAAACGGCGCACCGUACUCGACGAACAAAACGAACGUGACAUACUGCGGGAGAAAUUAUUUAACGACGAUAACGAUGGAAAAACAUGGGUAGAAGCCGGAAAUGGAAUUAUUGUCAAUUUUUCUGACGGAAAGAAUACAGAGUGAAAAUCCGGAAUGACGAAGCGCACUUUUGAUCGCGGGAAUAAAUUUUGAGUUGACGAUAAGUUUUGUAAAUACAAUAAUAUUAAUAAUAAUAAUAAUAAUACCAACAGUAUAUGCGUAUGAUAAAUAAAUUAUAGAGGCUAAGAUAUACCAAAGUAUUUAGCGCUAUUUAAUAAUUGUAGAUAAAUUAUCGUCACGUAAUCGAGUAGUAUAGGUAUCUUUUUUCGAAGUGCAUCAUAUUUACACCGUGUAAGAUUAAUGCAGAAGUGAACUAUUUGUGUGGACAAUUUUCAGCGUAAAUGUACUGUUUAUAAUCCAAAAGUACUUUGCAAAAUUUAUUACUCUGUUCCACAAUUCGGCAGGGUUUCAUGUUAUGAAAAAACGUUGUUGUGUAUAUAUACAUCUGAAAAACUGUUCGAAAUAAAGCGGACGUGUGUCAAGCUA